GACGUUUGACCAAAAGAAUGGCAGUUGUUGGCCUAGCGCCGAUUGACUUGUUCCAAAACCAAAUCAUAUAUAAACUGUAGCGAAAUUGUCCGAAUCAACUUGACUUGUUUCUUUCAACCCAAAAAACUCCUCUAAUAUUACUAUCUUGUCUAAGGACAAAUUUGAAAUCGACGACGUCAGCUUGAAAUACUAGCCGCAGUCAUGAGUCUGUCGAAUGAAAUUUGAUCCGACAGGUGAGACGUGCCGCAAAAAUCAAGCAGGUGUCUUUCACGUUCAUCAUAUCAAGAACAUACUCGGUGCUCUCUACUGAUUCGUGACUGGGAUACAAACUGUGAGCUGAUAUUUUAUGAAACAUGAAGUUCGGAUUCAUUUUUAUUAUUGUUUUAACGACAGUAUCACAAAGUUUUCAUAAGUCAAUCGACAUAUCUAAAAGUCCAUGUAAUGAUUUCUACGACUAUGUUUGCGCAAAGGACACUCGAUCAAUUAGCAAUCUCACCUUUACCAAAAUGAACCAGGAACUAGAAAUUUUGAAACCAAAUGUCACAAUAGAAAAUAAUGGAACGUUCAUAGCAUUGGACAAAAUUGUCAAGCUGACUCGUGUAAUGAAAUGGUGUACGGAAAUUGAAGUUUUGUUUACUGGAGUUUUUACGGUAGAUUACUUUGGAGAUUUGCAUUCUGAAAACAAAAUGAUUCAUUCGGAAAGGUACACAGCAGUUGUUAGCAGAUUAAAAGAAAUAAAUACGACGAUGGCGAACAUUUUCUACAACGCCCUUCAUGCAAAUACAGAGAUUUUGCAACAAAUGGAAAUACCUAUUUCCAGUAAAAACAAAUUCCUGCACCAUUUGUUCAAUACACUGAAAACAAAUGCAAUAAAUGAAUUAGAAACAACAACAAUAUCAGAAGCAGCGAAAAAAUCAAUGAAGAAAGGCAUUGAAAUGUCAAAAGUUUACUUUGCAUUCUACGAUUUUAAUAACAUAACAGUAUAUAAAGAAGCUAAACUGGUAUAUGAAACGGAGUAUUAUCGCUUGAAAAAAUGGUUGUCUCCAAAAGAUCUCACAAAUCCAAUUGCUGAGAAAAUACUACGACUUGGUGCAAUAGAUGCUUCCAUGACUCUUUUUGCGAAAACUAUUUCAGAGUAUGACAUUCGUUUUUUAUUCCAAGCAAUAGUCGCCAAUCCAGCAAAUGAUGGUUUUCAAUAUUUGAAUAACAAUCAUAUCACUGUGAUAACCAGAAAUGAUCUCAACCAGCCAGAAAAAGCAAUCGCUGACACAAUAUUUGUCACAACACAUGAAAUCAUGCAUAGGGUGUAUCCCUACGGAAACUUUUUGAUGAACUCAAAUGUGACAACAGCUGCACUGCAAUGUGCACGACGAGAGGUGCAGAUGUUGGGAGACACCGAUGCAGUGAAACCGAUAAGUGGAUGGUUCAACAAAGAUGUUGCCCAUGAAGAUGUCGUGAACAUAAUGGCGAUGAGGAUGAUUAUGAAAAUGGCGACAAUCAAGUCUACAAAUGAAAAACAGCUAAAAGAAGCACUCGAAACAAUUGUGGGGGGACUUUGUAAACAAUCAGAAAGGAAAAACGAACUUAUUCCUCAUCAUAAUCCAUUGGAAACAUCCCUCAAUUGUGCUGUUCGACAAUAUCCUCUUUUCAAAACGCUGUAUGGCUGUCGCAUAGGGGACAGAAUGUUUGCAAAACAUGAAGAAUUUUGCAAGCCGUUUGGAGAUGAUGUUAAAGUUGAAGAUUAUGCAGUAAAAAGUAGUUCUGCAAACAAGGAUGUAGGCGGUUUCUUUAAAGAUCUUUUGAAAACAUCGAAAAGUUUCAAUUUCACUUAUGGAAUCUGAGUUCAAUAAUUAUUAUACAAAUUUCUUUAAUAAAACGUUUUAAAUAAUAUUCA